AUGAUGGCCAGCAUCAAUAUCAACACAAUUAAUAUAGAAUAACAGAGUUUCUGUUUACGUUGCAAAUAACUGACUGCAAAUGGAACUAUUCUUUAAAUUUAGAAUUUAAAUGAUUCUAUCUACACUCAACUUUAAGAAAACAGUUGGCGUAAAACAGGUUAAUAAUUUUACCAUUCCAAUCCAAAAAGUUGUUGCCAAUAAAUAGUUUGUAAAAUACCUGUUUUUUAAUACAAUUCACCAAAAAGAUGUUUAAAAGCAUUGAAGUAAUAUAUUUACAAUACUCUUAGAAACUUAACUUAAGAAUAUUUCGAUGUUGAACUAAUUAAAGAAUCUAUAUAUAAUAAUUUAUUACAAUACGUUGAUUUGUCUCGUCCUUGUCGAGAAACCUUAUAAACAAGAUUGGCAUUCUAACAUUUUUUACUAGUAUUAUCAUAACGUUUGGAUUAUACUUCUUUAAAUAAAUUUGGGUUUAAGGACAAUUCACAUGAGGAACUUAAGAAACAUGUAUAAUCAUUGAAUAAUGAAUUACAUAUGAAUGUAAAAGUGGAUAAAAAAAAUUAUUUACAUUUCAAUUGGCCCAGUGAUUUUAUUGCUUUGUUAAGAAAGUCUAAAAGGAGUAGUUUAAUUGUUAUAGUUAAAGAAGCAACUUAUGAUUAAGAAGCUCAUUAAUUAUUCAUUGAUAAUUAUUUUUAAGUUUCAAAGUAGAAUUAUUAGAAAAUGUAUUGUGAUUCCUAAUAUCAGAUGAUUAAAUAUUAUGCUAAUUCUUAAUUGACAGGUGUUAGUUUUAUUGAAUUGAGAUAAAAUUCAUUACAUAGAUUGAGUUUUCAUUAUAAUAAAGAAAUAAAAGAGAUAAAUAGAAUAGCUAUAGAUUAUGAAAUAAAGUGGGCAUAAUAAUUAAAUUUAUAGAAUUAUUAUUAUAUUAAAAAAAGUAGGAGUAUAGAAAAUAAAAAUUAAGUUAUUAAUGAAAUGAUUGAUAACAAUUUUCAAAUUUUUAGAGGAUAAAAAAUGAUUUAGAUCAAAUAGUUAAGAUCUGUUUAUUAAAAAUAUCUUAUUGAAUUGCUUACUAAAAUGAACUCGAUUAUGGGUCCAUAAUUAUUUAAACUUUUUAUAUAUAAAUAUGAUUGA